AAAAUGAAAACAACCAAACUAGAACCUGCUUUGGAUCAAACCCAAAUCAACAAAAUCUACUCGAUCGUAACAGCGUCCGAUUCAUCACCGUCGACUCGUAUUACUCCGACACCGGCGAACACCAUACACGGCGGAGAACAACCUCAGUUAACCACCGAUAUCGAAUUUCACCGAUGGAACAACUCCAAACACUGCCACCGCCUUCUCACCUCUCUCAUUCCGCACUUUCCUUCCUCGACCACAAGCUUCACACCGCAACUGUCCUCGCUGAAUCUCCCAAUUUCGUCGCCGAGCUUCAAACUCAGUGUUCCGAGUUGGAUCGGGCUCUUGCCGAGUUGACUCGGAGACUCGGAGCAGGUCUUGCUGCAUAUGCAUCGUUUUCCGGAGAAAUUCAUAGUCUCUUUGAUGGUGUUAACUCUAAAUUGAAUGAAUUAGCGGCUACGUGCUCUUCCGGCAUUGUGACAGAUGAGGGAAGAGCCGAGGAAGAGGGUAAAGGUGGGAAAGGUUUCAGAGAAGAACUUGCGACUUUGGCGAAGGAAGUGGCUAGGUUGGAAACGGUUCGUGUUUAUGCAGAGACAGCACUGAAGCUUGAUACUUUGGUUGGUGAUAUCGAAGAUGCUGUAUCGUAUACUAUGAGCAAAAACAUAAGGAAGCAUUCUUCUGAUGAGAAUUCAGGAGAUAUGCGUCUGUUUGCUAUUAAAACACUUAAAACGACAGAAGAAAUACUGACUUCAAUUACAAAGAUGCACCCUCAAUGGAGGCAUAUUGUAUCAGCAGUUGACCAUAGAGUAGAUCGAGCUCUAGCCAUUUUACGACCUCAGGCAAUUGCUGAUCAUCGGGCACUUCUAGCUCUGCUUGGAUGGCCUCCAGCUCUGUCUGCAUUAACUUCCUCGCACUCAGAUGCAAGGAGUGCAAAUCAAGUCUCGAAUCCUCUACAAAGCAUGCAAGCCGAUCAUAAGCUCAAGUAUUCAGAAAAUUUUCUUGCUUUGUGCAACCUACAGGAGUUGCAAAGGAAAAGGAAAUCUAGACAACUUGUGGGCCACGAUAGGGAGGUUGCCCUACGACAACCUCUAUGGGCAAUUGAAGAGCUUGUGAAUCCCCUAUCGUUGGCUUCCCAAAAGCAUUUUUCAAAAUGGGUUGAUAAACCAGAAUUUAUUUUUACCCUUGUAUUUAAGAUCACAAGGGAUUAUGUUGACUCUGUGGAUGAAAUGUUGCAGCCAUUGGUCGAUGAAGCUAAGGUAGUUGGAUAUAGUUGCCGAGAAGAAUGGAUCUCAGCGAUGGUAACCUCUUUAUCCACAUACUUGGCAAAGGAAGUUUUCCCUAGUUACAUUACUCAACUAGAUGAAGAGAGUGUUACAGGUGUUCAGUCAUCCGCUAAAAUAUCAUGGCUGCACCUCAUUGACUUGAUGAUAGCUUUUGACAAAAAGAUUAUAUCUAUGGUAGAACAUUCCGGGAUUUUGUUAUCUUUAGACGAUGAUAUCUUGCGGAGAAUUUCUUCUCUAUCUGUUUUUUGUGAUCGUCCAGACUGGCUUGAUCUGUGGGCAGAAAUAGAGCUAGGUGAUGCCCUAGAUAAACUGAAACCAGAGACUGAAAACGAAAGUAAUUGGAAAAAGAAAAUUGAAAGUGUAGUUCUUUCAACAGGUACUGAUGAUCAUAAGUCUCCUCUGGUUUCCAGUGCCUUUGUUCGCCGUCUAGCAUCUGUUGUUGAACGUUGUCGGUCUUUGCCUACUGUUACUUUAAGGUCAAAAUUUCUCAGAUUAGUUGGUGUGCCGAUUAUAACAAAGUUUUUUGAUUCCAUACUUGUCCGCUGCCAAGAAGCUGAAGGGUUGACUGCCUUAACUGACAACGAUGCUUUAGUUAAAGUUGCAGUUUCCAUCAAUGCUGCUCAUUACUUUGAAUCUGUUUUAAAGGAAUGGUCUGAGGAUGUUUUUUUCCUUGAGAUGGGAGUGAAUGAGGACGACAACAGAGAAUUACGAAGUAAUACUAAUAGGGAUAGUGAAGGGUUACCAGAGAGUUCCAAUAGAAUUAUCUUCGAUGAUGAGAUAAAAAAGAUGGAAGAGUUUAGAACAGAGUGGGUUGAAAAGAUAGUUGUAGUUAUUUUAAGAGGAUUUGAUGCGCGUUCUCGAGAAUAUCUGAAGAACAAAAAGCAAUGGCAAAAGAGUGAAGAAGGAUGGACAGUGUCAAAGACUCUAAUAGAGGCCCUGGAUCAUCUUCAAGGUAAAAUGUCGGUGGUAGAAGAAGGUUUGAACAGUAGGGAUUUUGUUGCGGUUUGGAGGAGUUUGGCAGCAGGAAUAGAUCGGUUAAUUUUUAACGGUAUUCUCCUUAGCAAUGCGAAAUUUCAUAAUGGCGGAGUUGAAAGAUUUGGUAGUGACUUGGAUGUUUUAUUUGGGGUAUUUGGGGCAUGGUGUUUGAGGCCAGAAGGUUUUUUUCCGAAGUCAAAUGAAGGUCUUAAAUUGUUGAAGAUGGACGAAAAGAGAGUGCAAGAAUGUAUGACAGGGGGGAAGAGAUGGUUGAAAGAUAAUGGGAUUCGACAUUUAAGUGCAUCCGAAGCAGAAAAGAUUUUGAGGAACAGAGUAUUCACAAGUUAAAGCUUUUAACUUACUGGGCUAAGUCAUUUAAGUGUAUCUGAGGCAGAAAAGCUUUUGAAGAACAGAGUAUUCAUAAGUUUGAAGCUUUAAGCUUAUUGGGCUAAGGAAUUUAAGUGUUUCUGAAGCAGAAAAGAUUUUGAAGAAGAGAGAAUUUAGCAGUUGAAGCUUUUGGCUUAUUGUUUUUUGCACAUGCAUAGUAGAGAUGGCAUAAAGAAGUGUUAAAGUUUAGAGGAUGUGCAUUCAAUUUUGCAAAUUUGGUUUUAAAAUUUAUUAUUCUUUUAGAAUAUGAGUGGUCAUUGCCUUAUAAAUCAAAUACCUCAAAUCUGGGUUAAGUUUGUUAUUUCUAAAUGCCAAUUAUACUGUAAAUUUGCCAUGAAGAUUGUGGAAAACUAUUUUCCUCAUCAUGUAAUUUAUCAUUUUUUAAACUGAAAUUUUAAUUUUGAAAUCAAAAUGGGCCUCGUGAAUGAGCAAUUCACUUGUUUAAUUUCUCAUAAUUUGGACAGGGCUAUUUGUACAUUUGGGAUAUUUUAAGUGAACUUUGAGCUCUUUUCUAUUAUGUAGUGUAUCUGGAUUUCAAUCUCUGGACGGUACGAAAUGGUAUUUUUGGAUUUUCAUAGAAUUUGAGAGAAUUGCAAAGGGUGCAAUGAGCAAUCUCCUCGUUUUAUCUCUCAUUUCAUGCUCUAUAAAACAUAUCUGGCAACAUGCUCCGUGAUUGCUAGUCUCUUUUGUUGACUGGGUCUUGCAAUUUGGGGAAAGAAACAUUCCAAAGAUCUAAGUUACAGAAUCAAUAUGAAAUUUUUA